CUGCCCUCAGGCUUCCCCGUCUUCCGAAGGGACAUGGGGCAACCUGGCCACGUGCUCGGUCGAAAACGAACCUGAAACCGAAGCGGCUGACGGCGGGGUCAGGAUUCCCCGCUCUGAAGACAGGAGGCAGGUGAGGUGCCGGGCAAGCAUGGCGAGCAGCCUGGAGGCGGUGGCCAUAGACUGCGAGAUGGUGGGGCUGGGGCCCCACAACGAGAGCGGCCUGGCGCGGUGCAGCCUGGUGGACGCCGGGGGCAACGUGGUCUAUGACAAGUUCAUCCGGCCCGAGGGCGUCAUCACUGACUACCGGACCCCCGUCAGCGGCGUCACCGCCCGGCACAUGGAGGACGCCACCCCCUUCGCCCAGGCCAGGCUGGAGAUCCUGCAGCUCCUGCGAGGCAAGCUGGUGGUGGGUCACGACCUGAAGCACGACUUUGACGCUCUGAAAGAGGACAUGAGCAACUACACCAUCUACGACACGUCCACCGACAGGCUGCUGAAACGCAAAGCCCGCCUGCAGCACUGCCAGCGGGUCUCCCUCCGCGUGCUCAGCGAGCGCCUCCUGGGGAUGUACAUCCAGAGGAGCCAGUUCGGCCACAGCUCAGUGGAAGACGCCAAGGCGACCAUGGAGCUCUACCAACUCUCCCGGAGGAUCCGCAACCGCUGAGAGCCGCCCACCGGGCGGCGCCCGCUGGACUCGGCCCCUCCUCUGGGGGCCAUGGGCCCCCCUGCAGGACAGCAGCUGCUUUGCCUCUGGAAAAUGCAUCCUUCGCAGUAAAAUGCCUCUAUAUUUUCUCUAA